GAUUUUUGAAAGGGAAACCAGUUUCCGAUUCACAAAGCGUUUUAUUGGGAACCUCCAGUCUGCGAUGUUGGGUACGGUGGCGUGAGUAAUAAAGGAAUGUCCUGCGAAAGUGAUUCGUUAACUAAACGAAUGAUUGCAGGUGAGUGCUGGGUGAAAAAUAAUGGCGCAUGCUGGGGCAGUAUUUGCAGCAAUGGCUGGUGUGAUGGCCAUUCUACUUCAUUCUUCCAUACACAAGAUCGAGGAAGGACAUUUAGCAGUUUAUUACAGGGGAGGGGCUUUGCUGACCAAUCCUAAUGGCCCAGGUUACCAUAUUAUGCUGCCUUUCAUCACUUCAUACAGAUCAGUGCAGACAACUCUGCAAACGGAUGAAAUAAAAAAUGUGCCUUGUGGAACCAGUGGGGGUGUCAUGAUCUAUUUUGACAGAAUUGAAGUGGUCAACAUGCUGGUUCCAUCAGCAGUGGUGGACAUAGUAAAGAACUUCACUGCAGAUUAUGACAAGACGCUAAUCUUCAACAAAAUUCACCAUGAGUUAAACCAGUUCUGCAGUGUGCACACACUACAGGAAGUCUACAUAGAGCUGUUCGACAUAAUUGAUGAGAACUUAAAGACUGCUUUGCAGAAAGACUUGAAUGCCAUGGCCCCUGGUCUCACUAUUCAGGCUGUGCGAGUCACCAAACCUAAAAUUCCUGAGGCGAUCAGAAGAAACUACGAGCUGAUGGAAGCAGAGAAAACCAGACUACUCAUCACCGCUCAGACGCAGAAAGUGGUGGAGAAAGAGGCUGAAACUGAGAGAAAGAAAGCUAUCAUAGAGGCUCAGAAAAUGGCUCAGGUGGCAGAGAUCCACUUCCAACAAAAAGUAAUGGAGAAGGAAACAGAGAAAAAGAUUUCAGAAAUAGAAGAUGCUGCUUUCCUGGCAAGGGAGAGGGCAAGAGCAGAUGCCGAAUAUUACACUGCUGCAAAGUUUGCUGAAGCCAACGGGCUAAAGCUCACACCGGAGUAUCUGGAGCUGAUGAAAUAUCAGGCUAUUGCAGCAAACAGCAAGAUAUACUUUGGUCAGGACAUCCCCAACAUGUUUGUAGAAAACGGCGCCUCUCAUCCAUCCGUGGGCCAGGGUGCAGCAGACUCAAUGGAGCAGCUGGAGUCCUUGAGUAUAAAAGAGAGUCUUAAGAAAGCGUCCAAGUCCAAACCUUCAGAAGACCACUGAGGGGCCGAAUGGCUGCCCUCCCACUCUCCCCCUGCCCUCUUUCUCCUCCUCCUCUCUCUUUGUGGGGCAUGGAUACUUUUCACUCUUGUACUACAGUAGGGUUGGGUGCUUGGCUAACUGUGUGUGUGAGUCAGUCAACUGAGAAAUAGAGGCAGUGGUUUACCAGGAGUCAUUUGUGGACUGAAAAAAAUUUCUUAUGGUGAAAGUUUUCUAGAACUGUCUCAACCUGUGCUACUAAAUAUUUCCAGAUUGAAUUAUUGCGAUCCAAAUCUUUAUCCCCUCUAAUGUCCCUGAUUCACAUAAGCAUACUUUCUUUUCUUUUUUUUCUUUGCUCUUGUCUUUUGCUUACCUUUUCCAAAUCCAUGCAAAAUAUUUGUUUGAUGCAGGCUGUUGCAUUCAUGUAAUGUAUACGAACAUUUAGAGGUUUACCUUAGUAGCCUAAGUUUGUCAUCUCUUUUCUUUCAUAUGUUGUUAAAAGAGUUGCAGAUGCAAGUCCUCAUUUGCAAGGUCACUAAAGUCAUAGGUAAAACUUCAAUUAGUUCAGCCGCAGCUGCAGAGAUCAGUGGCUUUUACAUAAGUAAAAAUGAUCUUGUUUUAAAAAUCACCUGCACUCAUUGCAAUUUCCCUUGAUCGUUGCUUGAUUUGUGAUCAAUAAUCUUUCUAAAUGAAUAUUUCUUUCUAACCCUAACCCACUCCUGGAUUUUCCUGAGUGAAUUUAGUUUAAUAUAAUGUCAGAAAUAGUGGGUUUGGUAUAGUAUUUUGUAGUGUUUUAGUUUGUGGGUGACCUGUGGACGUUGAUUUGAAUUGUUGAUUCAUAGGAGGUUUCAUGCACUGAGAAUGGGUAGGGGGGCUGUCAAAGUUUAAUAGUAUAGUUUGGUUUUCUUAAAGUUUUAGAACAAGAACUCAAGCAUUUUAAAAGAUAUGAGAUGGACGUUAGAUCUGAUGGAAAAUACAUGGUUUGCUCCUAAAUGCAUGUAUGACUUUAGUUGAGCUUGAUUGUUUUGUCGUUACUGGAAGGACUUUUAUUUUAAAGGGAAUUUAAAAUAAGGGCUGCUGUUUUAUUAGGCACUAAAAAAGAAAUGCAUCAUUAUGAUGGGUGAAUGGAAAAUGAUCACACAUUUAAAAGUAUUCUGACAACAUAUUGAUGUCAUUUGGUAGCUUUUUUUUUGUUUGUCCUGUAGCCUAAAGAGUUUUAUUGUGUCACCACUAGGGGAGGCAAGUGAUCUUCAGGAAUCAAAAGACUGGACAACAAAGAGUUAAAUGAGCCCUAUGUACAAAGACAUGGUUUGUAUUGUUAAGCUUGCCACAAAAGGUGUCAACAUCUGUGUAAGUUGCUUUUAUAUGCCAGUAAUACAAUGCAUUAAAUUAAACCAUCCUAACAAGUU